GUUUAUUUGUGUAAAUUCAAAGACUAGUCUUAAUGGCAUACGAUAACAGCAAGCGUGCAAAUGCAUCAAGCCUCUCAACAAUGUACGGAAGAAUAACACACAACGAGAACUCAAGAAUGAUGAAAAUUUGUUUCUGUUCCGAUAUGGACAAGUCAGUCCUUCUAAACAACUUUGAUAAACGAGGCUGGAUGCAAGUGACAGCUGAUGAUGAUUGGAACUUUUAUUGGGCUGGCACACAAACAUGUAGAAAUAUAUUUAGUGUAGAUUCAGGCUAUAGGAUGCACGAUAACCAAAUUAUAAAUCACUUCCCUAAUCAUUAUGAACUUUCGCGUAAAGACUUGCUUGUAAAAAAUAUUAAGAGGUAUCGUAAAGACUUAGAACGUGAUGGCAGUGCAUUAGCGGAAAAAGUCAAUGAUGGCGGAAUAAAUGGUCCAAAAUAUUUAUAUCUCGACUUUAUUCCUGUGACCUUUGUGCUUCCGGCAGAUUAUAACAUGUUUGUAGAGGAAUAUCGCAAAAAUACGCAAAGUACUUGGAUUAUGAAGCCUACCGGAAAAUCUCAAGGUGCUGGAAUAUUUUUAAUUAAUAAACUUAGCAAAUUAAAGCGAUGGUCACGUGAAGCUAAAACGUCAUUUCAUCCAGCAAUUGGAAAGGAAAGUUACGUUAUCUCUCGAUACAUCGACAAUCCAUUACUGAUUGGCGGCAAAAAAUUCGAUUUAAGGCUUUAUGUCUUGGUCACAUCAUUUCGUCCUCUCAAGGCCUAUCUAUUCAAAUUGGGAUUUUGUCGAUUUUGUACUGUCAAAUAUGAUACGAGUGUCACUGAAUUAGACAACAUGUAUGUGCACUUGACAAAUGUCAGCGUUCAAAAGCAUGGCGGCGAAUAUAACAACUUGCAUGGCGGUAAAUGGAGCGUACAGAACCUGAAAUUAUAUUUAGAGGGCACUCGAGGCAAGAAAGUAACUGAAAAAUUAUUUGGUGGUAUCAAUUGGCUUAUUGUGCAUUCACUCAAAGCUGUUCAACCAGUUAUGGCCUCUGAUCGACAUUGUUUCGAGUGUUACGGUUACGACAUAAUUAUUGAUAACAAUUUGAAAGCAUGGCUUGUUGAAGUGAACGCAUCUCCAUCACUUACAUCCACAACAGUCAAUGACAGAAUACUUAAGUAUAAAUUAAUUGAUAAUAUUUUAAAUAUUGUGUUGCCACCAGACGGAAUCCCAGAUGUACGAUGGAACAAGAUUCCGAGUGCUGAGAAUUUGGGAAACUUCGAAUUAUUAAUCGAUGAGGAACUUGCAUCACAAACACAGGAAGACAACAUUUUAGGAAGCAUGACAACUGGGAAGCAGCGAAUUAAUAAUCGGUGGAAAUGAAGUUUAGAGAAAUUUAAAAAAAAGUCCAAAAAAUAAAGUUCU